GACGUUAAAUUGACAACAGUGCUUUCUUUUGGUCGGAUAGUUGCGUUCCUCUAACUAAGUGAAAAAUUGUUCAUUUUCUUUCACGCAUCGUCAACGCGAUUAACUAGCAGCGCGAGCGCUUUUAGCGAAAAUCAUCCAGGCACUGCGCCCAGAGUGCAGGGCUAGGCUACGGGCGCGACGACGUGGCACGCGUGCGUGUACUGAGUACUGCAUGUGCGACGUGGACGUGGUAUUUGUUAAUUUUGUGUAGGGGGAAAUUCCACAACCAUGAGUGGCACUUCUGGAAUGUUUAAACUCAAACCAUUCUACGAUUUUGACAGCACACAGAUUGAACUCCCAGGCUGCAUGUUCAAGAUGUCUAAUAUUCAAGGGAAUUCAUCGCAAACGAACAACGAAGAGGUUGACCCAGCUGUAGCAGCGCUAGAACGUCGACAGGAAGCCAUUUUGGCAGACCUUAGCUCAAUGGAAACAGAUGUAGCCUCAUUAACUAGCAAGAUUCAGCCCACUGCACAGGUCAAGACUCCGGCUCCCUCAACUUCUGCUUCACAGUCAUCCUCAAACUUGGUGUCCGGAUGUCUCCAUGAUGUUGUAAUCUAUGCAAACCCCAACAACCCUCCAUACUCACUGCUGGUCCUGUAUGAGCAGCUGAAGCAGCAGUUCAGAUGCAUCACAAAGGUUCACAUGCACUCCUCCAUAUCCUCGGUCCCUGAUAAACUACUCGGUUAUUUCAACCAAAAUGGCAGCCAGCCAUUGCAGAGGAUGGAAGCUCAACUCUCAAUCACCCUCAUCUGGAAGAAUGUAUCACAAGGUCCAGAGAUGAAGAUCCUGGCCAACUGCCAGACCCCCAUCCAAGGGGAGGUGAACAUCCUGCGCUACCUGAGCCGUCUCCUGACCCCUGCCUAUGAUGCCUCUGACGAUAUCAUCACCGUAGCAAACAUCGACAACUUCCUGGACCUGGCCAGCUCUACAUUGCUCAAAGGGAGCUCCAAGGAAAAGGCUGCGGGAGUUAGAAGUCUCAACUCUGCCUUGGGGAGGGGGAUGUGGCUUGCCGGGAACAGCCCUACGGUGGCCGACAUUGCAGUUUGGAGCGCUCUUCACCAGACUAACUUGGCCAAAGGAGCGCCAUCUAAUGUUCAGAAGUGGCUGAAGUCUUGUGCUGCUCAAAGUGAUUUCAGGACUGCUCUUAGUGCUGUAGCUUGAAUCUUGAUGAUUUCAAAUUGAGAGAAUGAGUCACACCUGUACUUGGUUGCUUGCUAUUGUAGGUUAGGUAGAAAGAUUAUACUAACUGUAGAAAACAAAGAUUUAUUUUGAGAAUGUUUGUGUCAAUGCAAAUCUCUACUAAGAACCUUUUUAUCUUUUUUUGCACUAUUAAUCUUAUGCGAAUUGUGUUUUUCAACAAAAAAUCAUAAAUGUCUGAUUAUCUUUACUUUUGUUGGUUAAAGUUGGUUUAAAUGGAUUUAUUUUAUGCUAUUUAUGAUCACAAAAGGGUCCCAACAAAGUUCAUUGAAAAAAAGAGUUUUGAAAAAACAGAGAAAUGCAUCAGAAUUAAAAAAAAAAACAAUGAAAUACAUAAUAGAUUAAUUUCGUUUUGGCAAUUUUUUGGUCAAUAUUUGUUAAAAAUCUAAAAAUUGAUACUCUCACCAAAAAUUAGCAUUCUACUAGUUAUAUAAAGUGAGUUAAAGGCAAAAACAUACACAAAAAACAAACUUAGGGUAAAUUUCAUAUGCUUAUUUGCAUAAAUCAUUAAAAAUAUAAACAAUUACAUUUUUGAAAAUUUUACUAUACAGUCUUGCAGUUUACAUCCGGCUUCACACGUGCAGAUUUUUGCGGCGAUCUCGCAAUCAGCGGCGGAGAUCUGAAGGGGGGGAUCUGGUCUGAAAUAGCCCAGUUAAAAUAUGGUUAAAGCACAUGGCACAUAAUGUGGUCGUUCCUUUGCCAUUUGUCAUCAUUUGCUGAUAAAUUUUUGUUAAGACUGUUUUGUUCACACUUGCACAACAAUGGAAUUGAUACAAUAGCCCUGGUCCCAUAGCAUAAAAGUUUCCAUUAUGGUAACUUUGCCAUCCAAUGGUAACUUGCAUGAAAUCCUUGAUUCUGAUUGGCUGUUGAUCAUCGUUACCAUGGUAGUUACCAUUGGAUGGCAAAGUUAACAUAAUAGUAACUUUUAUGCAACAGGGCCCUGGACAAGUCCAUUUUUCAGGAAAAAUGCAGGACACAUUUUUUGAAAGUGCGAGGAUAUUCAUGGUAACAAAAUGGCAAUAAAUCUGAAAUUUGGAGCCAACUACUUCCUCAAUUUUAACCCAAUGCUCAUGAGUGUUAGUAUAAUUUGGUCUUGGAGUGAAGAUGUGCAAGUUAUAUUUUGAUAUUGUGACAUGGCAAUUUAUCUGGGGGGGGGGGGGUGUUAUUUUGAUUGUCACAUGAAGCCUUAACCACCCACAGUCAUGGAAAACCCUGGAAAAAUUUGUGGUCAUGGAAAGUCAGGGAAUUUGGAAAAUUUGUGAAAAGUCAUGGAAUUGCAUUUACCUCUUAGCUAUGGCAGCUUUCCAGUUUGUUGUGUCUCGCAACUCUCAUACUCUGCUAUCAUAAUUGGUGUUCAUGAUUUCCAUAUUUCCUAGUUUUGUGGCAUCCCAAAUUCUACAUAACUCCCGGGAUGUCACGGGAAGUCAUUGAAAGCAGCAAUUUAGUCAUGGAAAAGUCAUGGAAUUCUGUUUUCAAAUUUCUGUGGGAACCCUGUAAUAUGGUCUCAUCACAUUGUUCCUCUUCUUCCAAAUUUAAAUCAAUAUUCAGGCAUAUGUUUAACACAUUGUGUUGGUAGUGUCGUUAAACCUCAAUCAACAAUCCACACUUACAUCAGGAUAGACAACCUCGUGCUUCUCUAUAAAUGCUGUUAACAAUAUUAUGCAAGCCAUUAUAAUACUGGUGGCAGUAGUCCUUAUCUGUAUUUUGGCUUUGUCACAAAAUCUUGCUAUUUGACUUAUAUUAUUUUGAGUUGAUAUAAUACGUUGUAUUCAAGGUUUAUUUAGGGUUUAUCUGAAUCUGAAUAAUCAGAGUAAGCCAAGUAUUUUCAUUUAAUAAACAUUGCAGAAGUGUCCUUUCCAA